CCGGCCGCGGGGCGGGGCGUUGCCACGGCAGCGGGUGAGUGACGGGCGGCGGAAGCGGCGCCAUGGGCGGCUCGGCCAGUCUGCUGCCGCGGGACGCGCUGGGCGAGUACCAGGAGCUGACGUUCCUGAGCAAGCAGGAGAUCCUGCUUGCCUACAAGAGGUUCAGAGAACUGCUGCCAAAGGAGGAGCGGGAGAACGCCUGCUCCGCGCGGGUUCCCAAGAGCCACAUCCUGACACUGCCUGAGCUGCGGGCAAACCCCUUCCAGCACCGGAUCUGCAAUGUGUUCUCCACCUCGGAGGCUGGGGACAACAGCAUGUCCUUUGAAGACUUCCUUGCCAUGCUGGAGCUGCGCAGUGCUGGUGCUUGGGACUCUCUGAGUUCUCUGUGGCCCCUUGCAAAAGGUACCUUUCCUGUCCCCACAGACUUUGACAACGAUGGGACUCUGGACAGGAAGGACCUGGAGCAACUGGUGAACUGCCUGACGGGGCAGGGCGAGGAGUCCCGACUGAGCAGGGCGGAGAUGGAGCAGCUCAUCCAAAAUAUCCUGGAGGAGUCCGACAUCGAUAAGGACGGCACCAUCAACCUCUCUGAGUUCCAGCAUGUCGUCUCCCGCUCCCCAGACUUUGCCAGCUCCUUCAAGAUCGUCCUGUGAGCCCCGUGGCUCACCAGCACCACUCCUCCAGCAACACUCGUCUGGUUCCCCAGCAUCAUUCCUCCAGUUUCUCCAGCACUCCUUCAGUUACUCCAGCACCACUCGUCCAGUUCCUCUAGCUUCUCCUCCAGCUUCAUUCCAGCAGUUUCUCCAGCACUCCUUCAGUUCCUCCAGCACUCCUCUGGCUCCUGCAGCUCUUUGUGGGCUCAGCCAUUUCUUCUUUCAGGGAGCACAGGCCCGGCCCUUCACUGGCCCAGCAGUGCCACAGUGCCUUGGGCAGGAGCCCUCCUGCUCUCCUCUCAGGUGCCUGGCAGUGGGAGGCCCUGGGAAUCUGCCUCUCCUGCCACCCCUCUGCUCUCCCAGCACUGGAGUUUGACUCCGUAUGCAGUCCAAGGGCAGCUCUGCAGGUGGGAGAGACUCAGCUGCUCUUGUCUGAGGCCACUCUGUGCCAGCACAGCCCCUCUUUGCCCUCAGGACCAAUUCCCAAAUCCCUAAAGACCAAUGCCCAAGUUGUGCCUUCCAGCAGCAGGCAGAGAGCUGCCUCCCUCUCCAGCCUCUUCUCAGCUUCCUGGGAGCAUCCCUGCUGCCCCAUGGAUCCAUUUCUCUGAGCUGAGCAGUAACCUGAACAUGGAUCCUCUGAGCAAUAACCAAAUUGGGGAUCAUUUUUCCUGAGGAGUAACCCAAACGGGGGUCCUUUCUCUAAGCAAUAACCCAAGUGUCACUGUCCAGGUGCCAACCCACAGCAGAGCUGUCCCCUCCAGCUGCACAGGACACAUUCCUUCCCCACUGGCACAGCCCCCGGGUGCACAGCAGGGCUCCCCCGUGCUGCCUCAGCACUGACCGUGCUCGGAGCCUGUUCUCCUCCUCCUCCUCCUCCCUUUCUCUCUCUGCCCCUGCUCUGGCUCCAGCCCAGCAGCUGCUUGGCUGCGCUGGCCUCUUCCUCCCCCAGCCCCUGUGAGGACACAAAUAAAGGGCUCCGGUUUCACCCUC